AUGGCGGCCACGCGGUGGACCCGCGUCUACCUGAAGACCAACAACACCGCGGGCUUGGCGUGCCUGCUCGCGACCAAGUUUACCACGACGCCCGGCGAGAAGCGGUGGGUCAUGGCGUGCCCCACGUGCCCCAACGGGCGGGUGCAGGUCGUGGACCUGGCCGCGGCCAACGUGCGGUUGAAGCCGUUCCCGAAGAUCUCGCACGGCCCGUUCCUCGGGCUGACCCCGGAGGAGAAGACCGAAGUGUUGCAGGCGGCCGACCGCCUGGUCGUGGAGCAGGACGCGACAAAGGCCAUCAUGGUGAAGCGUGGGCCCGCCCCCGACGCCAAGGGCCAGUCGCCGAAGAAAAAGAGCAAGCUCGGGGCAGCCGGCUUCUUCUUCCUGCGUCGAGGGUGGGGAAGCGUGGCAUCUGGUCUCUUCGUUACUUGGCGUAUAUGCGUGGCGACUGGAGCCUGCAUCAAGGAGGCCGUGGAUACCGUCGAGGACGUCAAGGAGCAGGUGGAGGUAGUCAUGACCCUGCCCGAGGAGGGGAAGCUCGAGGUGGUGUACAUCAUCGCGGGGGCUCUCGUCUCGAUCUGGACGCGCUGCUGCACCCGAGGGAGAACGACCCCGCCGAUCGUGAUAGAUCGAGGCUCCACGACUGGCUUGCCCGAAGGAACCACGCGGAGCCUGAGGGAGCGCUUGACCGACCCCUUCUCUGGUUCGCCGUCGGGGGCCUCGACGCCGAGGGACGACGGCCUGGAGGUGAGCGACAUCGACGAGACCCCGUCCCCCGAGGAGAAGCUGUUGGAGAGGCUCACCGAGGUGUCGUCACGGCUGGAGGCCCUGGAACAGAAGAAAGAGACCACCACGGCGGGCCCACAGGACUCGUUCAAGGAUAUGAGGUCCGUAGCCAUGGAGAAGCUGGAGGCUUACAGGGAGGAGGUGGCCUGGGCGCUCGCGGGGGGCAUCAAGACGCGGGUGACGCCGCGCAUGAUCGCCAGGAUCUACCGGAGCGGGGGCACUGCGGUCCAGAUAGCGAAGGAUUUCAUUCGUACUCAGGAGCUGGAUGGGAACUAUUUGGCCGACGAGCUCUUGAUGGUGGCGAUGCUGAUCGACAGGGGCAUGGUCGAGGCGCCCGCCGAGUGGAUCAAUUACAAGACGACGGAGAGUGCCUUCCGCCGCAUUCACGCGGUCGAGCGCGCGUUCGAGAUGGUGCGGACUUCUCACAACUGGCGCGCGCCAAAGCAGCCGAAGGAGUGGAAGUCCAAGGUGAACUACCCCGUGCUCUCGGAGCUGAACCCCAUGAAUUGCAGCGACGAGGACGUUUUGAUCGAGGGCGUCGAGAAGGAACUCCGGGAGAGGUUGGCGCAAAAGGCCCUGCUCCAGAAGACGCUGGACAAGCUGGCCGACCCGAAGGUCACCAACUUUUCCAAAUUGCUGUCCUCGGGCAGCGUGAUGGAGGAUUGGGCUCGCACCCGAGUCAGGGACCCUCUGCUGGAGCUGGCCUUCCCUCCCGGGCCUGCGAAGCCUUCGCUCAACUCGGGGCGGUCGCGGUCUCGUUGGGCCCAGGAGAAGUCGAUCUACGAGCAGACGUGCGGGGCCCUGGUUGCCCUGAGGUCCAUGUUCAAGGGGGACUUGUCCGAGCUGGAGGAGGAGCAGUCGUCCUGGGCCAGCGCGAGCUCCUGGAAGCGGGGCGACUCGAUCCCGCGGGAGACCACCAGCAGGAUUGGGGGGCUGCACCGUCUGGCGCACGAGAGGGGGCUCUACCUCCUGACCCCGAAGUCCGCUUUCGAGCGGCUCGACUUGCACGCGUCGGCUUCCAGCUACCAGAACGCGAUCUUCAAGGAGAAGCGGAUGCUGAAGCCGCCCCACCUGGUCGACCUCGAGGAGAUCUGGCAUACCCAGACGUACAUGGACCCCAACCUCCGCAGCAAGUCCAAGAAGCUCGAGCUGGCGGUGGACGUCUACGAGGCGGGAAUUCUGGGCACGACCGAAGAGCAAGCGCGCAGCAUACCGGUGUUCUUCGUGAUGAAGAAGGUCGAGGAGGGCGAGCUGCUGCUGAGACCUGUCUGGGACAUGCGCGCAGUCAACAGGUUCUUCCAGGCACUCCCGUCGCCGUUGGACCCCUGGAGCUCAGCGAGGAGGGAGGGCAAGACGUUGCUGAGCGCCUGGGGGGACGUGCCCGACUACUUUCACCGCUGCCUGGCGCCGCCAUGGCUGCGGCCGUACAUGGUGUUGGACGGGGUCUCCCCAAAGGAACUACGUGGGGAACUCCGUCGGCGUGGCUUGCCUGGCCCCUCCCUCCAGGAGGGCAGGUUCUUUUGUCUUCGAGUAAUGGUGAUGGGCGUCAGCUGGUCCCCAGCCAUAUGCCACAACGCCCUCGAGGACAUCAUGAUAGGGCAGGUGCAUUUUCCAGCGGAGGGCCAGGUGGCCGUCCACGAGCCGCCGCCCGACUUCAGGAAGGCGGCCCAGCUCUAUUGGAUCUACAUGGACGACGUCCUCAACGUGAGCCUGGGGCCGCCCUCCGAGCUGGGCAAGGUGGAGAUGGUGCGGGAGGCCAUCCCGCGAUCAAAAAAGUUCCAGCUCCUGAUCACGGCGACCAAGUUCGUGAUCGACGAGCACCGCUGCUCCCCGAAGGCUCUCUCGCGCCUGAACGGCAGCUGGGUGUGGGUGCUGAUGUGCGCCCGCGCGGGGCUGAGCAUCAUGAACGCGACCUUCAAGUUUGUGGUGAAGUACGACCUGUCGGAGCAGGUGCUGCCUUUGUGGUCUUCCGUGAUCGGGGAGCUGAAGGCCCUGUACUACCUGGCCCCCAUGCUUCGGACCCCGCUGAAGCGCAGCUGGGGGGUCGAGACGGUCUUCGAGCCGCCCUCCACGACUUGCCCCCGCGCGAUGGGGGACAUCUUCGCUGGCGCUGGAGGCUUCGGGACAGCGGUGGCCGAGGCGUGCCGCUGCAAGACGGUCUACUUCGACAAGGCGCGGGAUUCGUGCCACGACCUGACGGACCCCAGCAUUGUAAAGUACCUGGAGAGGAGAAAGGCCGAGGAGGGCACUCGCCUGGCGCGGGCAACGGCUCGUCUUGUUCAGGCCUGCAUGCGGGCAGGCAUUGGCUUCAGCGUGGAGAACCCCACUACCUCCACGCUCUGGGACCUCCCGGAGUUCUUCGAAAUGCGGGGCACGGAGAGCGUGCUGGAGGUGACCCUGGUCUAUUGCGCGUGCGGGGCCAGGUGGCUCAAGCCUACGCGGCUGCUCACCAACGUGCCCGAGCUGGGCAGAUUAUCCCGCGGCUGUCCUGGCGGACAUCAGCACCAGACGCUGCGGGGGGUCGCGCCCGAGGGUCUUGGGAGGCGCGACGACCACAUCAACGUGCUCGAGCUGCAGACGGUCCAGAUGCUGGGGCGUCAUUUGGCGAGGGCGCAGACGAGCUGGGACAAGAAGUACCUCGUCCUGUGCGACCCGAUGGUCACGAUAGGAGAGGACGUCGGCCCCGCCCUGGAGACCAAGAUGAAGGGCGAUGACCUCGGCCUGGGCGACUUCUUCGACGCGCUGCUGGACCAGACGAAGUGCCUCGGAGCGGAGUAUCUCAAGGGCCCUCGUCGGGAGUUCCCGCCCAUGCGCAAGAAGGGGGCGCUCGCGCGGGAGAUGGCGCGGAACGAGUCCCACUACACCGACCGCGCCAACUCGGACCUCGGGCCCUUCCCGAUGCGCCUCCUCGUGCAUGCGGUCAACGACGAGACGAACGUGUCCUACCUGAAGGAAGCGGAGUCCCUGCUGAUGGAGGUGCUCGGCAGGCGCCUCCCCUUCGGGACCCCUGAGGAGAGCGACAUCACCGUGGCUUCCUUCCUCGACCGCAUGUGCUUCGCGGACCAGCUCCCGCUUGGCAGGGGAGAGAAGGCGUUCCCUGGCCUCCUUCACGUCUUCCCAGAGUGGCGGGGCUCCAUGCCGGUCGCGGCUCGGGCUCGGACGGCCUGGGAACGGUGGAGCGCGACUCGUGAAGGGGGCCCUGCUUCGAGAUCUACGAUCUACUUCAUCGCCGCCAAGUGCAUCGAGAAGAGUUUCGUGGACGAGGGCCUCGCGUUCGUCUCUGCAUUCGACGCCUACCUUCGAGAACAAGACUGGCUGCAACUACGGUACGACGAAGUGCAGGUCGCGCUACUGCUCGGGCGGCGUCAUCGGGGCGAGUCGGUCAAGACGGGGCAGGAACAGGGAGUGGCGUUGGACGAUCAGUUCCUCUGCAGCCUGCUGUGGGCUCGCUCUCAGACACUCCGCCCGAACGAGAAGGUCUCCCACGCGAACCAGACGAGGGCAGGCAGGGUCUGGCGCCAGGUGCUGCACGAGAACAAGCUGGAGUUCGCGGGCCCGAUGCACACACUGAGGCACUCGGGGCCAUCCGAGGACGUUCCAAUGAAAAGACGGAGCUUGACUGACGCGCAACGGCGCGGACGCUGGAGCCAAGCCAAAGCGGUUCAGCGCUACGCGAAACCGCGCGCCCUGAUCGCCCACCAGAGCCAGGUUCCCGAGGAUGCGCGGCGAAAAGGUGAGCAGUACCAGUGCAAUGUUCUUGCUGUGCUUCGCCGAGUGCCGCCGUCCCACAGGUGGAGGCCCGCUGUCCUGCUCUGCCUUCAAAAAGAUGGGGGGCCCUCGACCGAGCGGUAA